AUGGAAGGCACUGUAACCCGCUUAACCUACAUCUUCUUACUGUGCGUCUGGUUGGUCCUUUGUCGCCUUAUUUGGGAUUCUGGACUCUUUUUCAAGGGCAAUAACAGUAACAAUUCGAAGCCAUUGAAUUGGGAAGACUGGAUGAAUUUGGCGCCUUCCGUCAUGUCGUCUUUGCCAUCCGCGUCAGCAUUGGCAACGGAAUUGGAAGAAGUCCUAAUAACUGAAAGUACAAAGCAAAAAGCAGUGAAGGAGCGGAGUCAUAGUGACAUGGAAGCAAAGCAACUAACGCCGGAACAAGAGGAACAGCUGAAGGAUUUGAUUGACUUUACAUUGGGAGAUGAAAUUGAACGAGAAGACUUAAAUGCUGAGGAAGUCCAAGGAAUUCUGAAUCUAGCAAUUGCUGAUGCGCAAGAAGCAUAUGGUAAACUGAAUCUAAGACGAAGGCGGUGA